CCAAGGCCCGCCCGCGCGCGCGCACCCGCUCGCCGGCGCUGAGGAAAACGUUGCGCAGGUUCAAAAAUGGAACGUCGGCGGCGUGAGGGAGCGCUAGGGGGUGUGCGCGCGUGCGCGUGCGCGCUGGACAGAGCCUGACGGGGUCCCCGCCGGCCCGAGCAUCGCGCGCAGCAGCCGCGGCCCCGCAGCUCCACCCCCGACCCGACCCGGCCCCCGGCCCGUCGCCCGCCGCCCCGCAUGGAGCUGUCAGCCAUAGGCGAGCAGGUGUUUGCGGUGGAGAGCAUCCGGAAGAAGCGCGUGCGGAAGGGCAAAGUCGAGUAUCUGGUGAAGUGGAAAGGAUGGCCCCCCAAGUACAGCACAUGGGAGCCAGAGGAGCACAUCCUGGACCCCCGCCUCGUCAUGGCCUAUGAGGAGAAGGAGGAGAGAGACCGAGCAUCAGGCUAUAGGAAGAGAGGUCCGAAACCCAAGCGGCUUCUGCUGCAGCGGCUGUACAGCAUGGACCUGCGGAGCUCCCACAAAGCCAAGGGCAAGGAGGAGCUCUGCUUCUCUUUGAUGCGCCCACUCGGCAGCGGGAGCCCCGAGGGGGUGGUCAAGGUGGGGGCAGCUGAGCUGGUGGACAAGGGCCCCUUGGUGCCCACCCUGCCCUUCCCACUCUGCAAGCCGCGCAAGGCUCACAAGUACCUGCGGCUCUCACACAAGAAGUUCCCGCCAUGCAGCGGGCCCCACCUGGAGAGUCACAGCCAUCCACGGGAGCUCUCCCUGCAGGAGUCACCAGCCCCAGAUGUCCUGCAGGCCGCCGGCGACUGGGAGCCUGUGGAGCAGCCCCCUGAGGAGGAGGAGGCAGAAGCAGACCUGGCCAAUGGGCCCCCUCCCUGGACACCCACGCUCCCCUCAAGUGAAGUGACCGUGACUGACAUCACCGCCAACUCCGUCACCGUCACCUUCCGUGAGGCUCAGGCUGCCGAGGGCUUCUUCCGAGACCGCAGUGGGAAGCUGUGAACAGCUGCUUCCUGUCUUCUUAAACUGUGUUCCUUGGGGCUUGGGUGAGGAGUUCCAGAGACAGGAGGGGCUGGGAGCAGGGCAAAUUUAAAAAAAAAAAAAAAAAGGAAGAAAAAGAAGCAGAAGCAUGGGGAAGAUCCCACCACCUUGCCCUUACCCCAUGAGGGUUGUUUACAGAGGGGCCUCCAGGACAGGGAGGGAAGGCCAGUGUUGUCUGGGUCUCAUCUCCAGGGCAGAUGGGGAUGGGCUCCCCUGCCCAGACAGAGGCAAAU